GACAGCUGAUUAUGUUUGUUUGCAUUUGAAUGUAUUAUUGCAUGUGACAUUCACACAUUGAACUAUACACAAACUGUACUAUAAACUUUAGAUUUACACACAUAAAUCAGGCAACUCGAAGUCACGACGUUCUCUGGCUACAGCAACCGAGUAAAUGGGUUGACAUAUUACACACUUGCCAACGUUGUGAUAUACACGAACACUAGAUUUGGAUAAAAGAAGAAUACACAUUUAAAACUUAAAAUGUAAACAUCGCUCCACUAAUAAACAAACAAAGUAUAAGUAAAAACUAUCAAAUGUCGAUGUAGAACUCUCUGAAUGCACUGCAUCAAGUGACUACCAAAGGCAGCAGGUCAUCAUUAUGAAGGUAUUAGGGAUUGAAUUUGCACCUUUGAACAUUCCGUUACACAGACGACUGGAGACAUUGGCAGUGUUACAAUGGACCCUGUGUUUCUUAGGUCUUGGGUUUGGAUGCCUUUUUCUAAGUAUUUACGUGUUGUUCCAUACCAAAUAUUACUGGAUUGUUCUCCUGUACCUGCCUUGGUAUUACUAUGAUAGGAUGACGCCAACAAAUGGUGGGAAUCAAAAUGCCUGGGUCAGACGAUGGAGAGUCUGGCGCUACUUCUGCAAUUAUUUCCCGAUAAAGCUUCACAAAACUGCCGAAUUACCGCCAGAUAAGAACUACAUUCUCGGCUACCAUCCGCAUGGAAUAAUGUCCGUUGGAGGGUUCGGGAACUUUGCAACAGAGGGCACUGGAUUUGCAUCAAUCUUUCCCGGGUUAACAGCGAGGCUGUUGAUUCUAAGAGGGCAAUUUAUGUUCCCGUUUUAUCGAGAUUAUCUAAUGUUAUCAGGUGUCGUUGACUGCAGUAAGGAAAGUCUAGAAUGGCACCUGACGAAAGAGGGCACUGGCAACGCCUCUGUUCUUGUGGUUGGCGGGGCAGUCGAAGCAUUGCGGGCUCGUCCCAAUACAAAUACAAUCAACUUAAAAAAUAGAAAAGGAUUUAUAAAAAUUGCUUUGAAACACGGGGCAAGUUUAGUGCCCGUCUUCUCGUUUGGAGAGAACGACGUAUUUGAUCAAGUACCUAAUCCGGAAGGUUCCUUCUUGUUUAACCUACAACAGAAAAUGACACGUAUUUGCGGGUUCUCAAUGCCGAUAAUCCAAGGAAGAGGCGUAUUUAAUUAUACGUUCGGUAUUUUACCGUUCAGACGUCCAGUUAAUACAGUUGUUGGAGCUCCAAUUGAUGUGGAGAAGUGUAGUAACCCUAGCCAGGAGCAGAUAGACAAAUUACACGCCCAUAUUGGACAACUGCCAAAGAUCAGAAUGAUGCAAACAAUGAAAAGAAUUAUAAGACAAACGACAGCAGCAGUUUCAGGUAUAAAACAUCAUUCUGAAGUUAUCGCUUGGACCACAAGGGCCACCUGGUUAGAGGGCAAAACAGAUCCCCAAGGUUGCAAUUGCAAUGGGCGUGAUGGUAGAGAUGGCUUAGUUGGACCAAAAGGGCCACCUGGCCCAGAAGGCAAAACAGGUCCCCAGGGUUGCAAUUGCAAUACACGUGAUGGUAGAGAUGGAUUAGUUGGACCAAAAGGGCCACCUGGCCCAGAAAGCAAAACAGGUCCCAAGGGUGUAUGUUGCAAUUGCAAUACACGUGAUGGUAGAGAUGGAUUAGUUGGACCACAUGGGUCACCUGGUCCAGAAGGCUAA